CAUGUAUUAAUAUUUUACAAUCAGAAUGCAUAUUAUAAGUAUCAGGUGGACCAAAAAGGUAAGAAAAAUUAAGUGGAACAGAAAGUAUGAUGUGAAAGCAACUCACAAAGUAGGCGGUGAUUGGAAUUGCAUGUGAUCAAAUGUUUUCUCUUCCUUAUAAGGUCUUCAACUCAACCAGCUCCACCAUCAUCAGUUUCCCUCACCUUUGGACUCAGAUUGAUCAGUAGCUUUCAGCUCUGCAAUGAAGACAACUCUGUUUCCCACAAAUUCUUCGUGGUAUGUAUGCAACAUGUUUGUGGUUUGUUGUUCAUGAACUUCAGUUCAUCCUAUGAACCAAUCAAGUUUCAAUCUUUAUCCAAUUUUCCAGUGUUUUCUGACAUGGGGAGUUCUAUUCAAAUAAUGGGUUUGUUGAAUUUCGUCACAAUUCCUAUUAGUCCUCCUCUUAUGGAUCAGUAAGGUUUUUUUUUUCUUUUUUCUUUUUUCCGUACAGAUCCCACAUCUGUAUUGUGCUUUUGGUAGUUGCUCUUGGAUUUUGUCUCCUUAAUUAGUACUUCUAUCAACCAUCCGUGCUGUGCUUGCCUACUCUUUUCUUUGAUCAGUCCAAAUUGUAAUAUGGAUAUGGCUGCCAAAUUUCUUGUGCUGCAUUUCUUCUGUAUCUCUGCAUCAAUAUAUGCUGUGUCUUCACUGAAUUCGGAUGGUGAAACUUUAUUGUCACUGCUCAGACAUUGGGAUUUUGUUCCCCCUUCUAUCAAAUUCAGCUGGAAUGCUUCCCAUUCCACUCCUUGCCUUUGGGAUGGAGUGGAAUGUGAGGCUGAGUUUGUGGUUGGUUUGAACCUGACUGAGUACCACAUUUCGGGUCAGCUCGGACACGAAAUUGGAAACUUGAGACACUUGAGAUCACUCACCUUAGACAACAAUAGCUUCUUUGGGCCAAUUCCUGCUGAAUUAGGAAACUGCACUCAGCUUCAAGAGUUGUCCUUGUUCGUAAACGGCUUCACUGGAGAGAUUCCACAGAGCAUUGCAAACUUGCGGAAUUUGGAAUAUUUAGAUUUUUCUGGGAACAAUCUUCAUGGUAAUCUGCCUCAUUGGAUCUGCGGAUUGGAGAAAUUGGGGACUCUUACUUUCGGUCAAAACAAGCUCACGGGUUUAGUUCCAGACUGUUUCUGGAAUAUGAGCAAACUCGAGUUUUUGAUCCUGCAAGACAAUGGCUUUCACGGGAUGCUUCCAACUAGUUUUGGAAAUGGCUCGAAUAUGUUUUUGCUAUUUCUUGACGGCAAUAAGUUUGAAGGAUCAUUGUCUUCCUCUUUCUGCAAAUUGGAGGAAUUGCAGUGGCUUAUUGUGGCUAACAACAGAUUGACGGGUACAGUUCCUGAGUGCUAUUGGAAUAUGAGCACACUCUUAAACUUUGACUUGGGACAGAAUGCCUUUCAUGGGAUGAUUCCAACAAACUUUCCAAAUGCCAUUCCUUUGUCAAUCAUUGCACUAAAUGACAAUCAAUUUGAAGGUCCAUUGCCUCCUUCCCUUUGCAAAUUGGAUAACUUGAAGCAUCUUCUAUUGCGGCGCAACAAUUUGACCGGUACAAUUCCUGACUGUUUGGGAAAGAAACUCGUAUGGUUGGACUUGCGAAACAAUGGCUUCCAUGGAAUGAUUCCUUCAAGUCUUCAGAAGAGCAAUAAUUUGACGUUACUAGCGCUAAGUGGAAAUCAAUUUGGAGGGCCAGUGCCUUCUUCUCUGUGCACUAUGCAGAGCUUGAAGAUUCUUCUUUUCUCUAAGAACAAUUUGGCAGGUACAAUCCCUGGCUGUUUUGGAAACAUGAGAAAUCUCACAGCCUUGGAUUUGCGAAAGAAUAACCUUCAUGGGAUGAUUCCAAACUUUCCAAAAGGCAACAUUUUGAGCUUCAUUGGUCUAAGCAACAAUCAACUAGAAGGUCCUUUGCCGAAAUCUCUGCUCAACUGUACCAGUUUGGAAAUCUUAGACAUAGGACACAACUAUAUAAAUGAUACUUUUCCAGCAUGGCUAGGAGCCCUCCCGGAGCUUGCUGUUCUUGUAAUGAAAAGGAAUUACUUCCAUGGUACACUUGGUACUAUUUCAGAUACAACAUUCAAGAAGUUGCGAAUUCUUGACAUAUCAUAUAAUCAGUUUGGUGGCUUUCUACCGGCAGAAAUGAUGAAUUCUUUUCAAGCUAUGAGGAAGAAUGACAAUCUAACGCAGUUAGGCACAGGCGUGCAUCCGUAUUAUGAAGAUUCGGUAACUUUACAGAUGAAGGGGCUUGAGCUUGAGGUACAGUGGGUCUUAGAUGUUCUUACCGCCAUCGAUUUCUCAGGAAAUCAUUUCCAAGGAAGCAUUCCACAAUCAAUUGGGGAGCUGAGUGGCCUCAAACUGCUAAACUUUUCGCAUAACCAAUUUGACGGCCUAAUCCCAUCAUCAGUUGGGAACUUGUCUGUGCUGGAAUCAUUAGACCUUUCGUGGAACCAGCUCGUGGGUAACAUUCCUGAGGAACUAGCAAACCUGAAUUUCCUUCAAGCCUUGAACCUUUCUCAUAACCGACUGGUGGGAAGGAUCCCAAAAGGUCGACAACUUAACACGUUUGAUAGUGAUUCGUAUGGUGGAAAUCCGGGUUUAUGUGGUUUCCCACUUGGAGACUGUGGAGAAUCAUCCAGGGGGUCACAACAACCAAAUCAGAGUAAUCGGCAAGCAAAUGACCAUGGGGACAUAAUGGAUGGACUUACCAAGGAAUCAGUGCUGUUGGGGUUUUGUUGUGGUACGAUUCUUGGAUUGUUAAUGGGAAGUCUAAUGUUUUAUACUCAGAAGCCAAAAUGGUUUGAUGCAUUUUUGGCACGUAUGUACAUAAACAUUCGGUCUAGGAAAUAAGGGUAUAAAGAAACUCCUGUUUCUGGUGAAUACCAUGGUGGGUAUCAUACAUUUUCUUUUUUCGUUGUUUUCUUUCAAUCAUAAAUCAAUGCAUUACAUUUUCUCUCUCUUUUUUUUUGUUGGUCAUAGGAAUUUUGAUCAUUAAAC